CACCACGGCUGCUAAGAGGAGCUUAAAUACUUAUUGAGGAAAUAAAUCCGUAUUGGACAUGGAAACAAGUUUCCUUUUCGUCUGAGAAAAAUAAGGAAACGUCAGCUUCUCUCAGAAAAAGAAAGGUGUUCGCUUGCGAACAUUGCAAUGAAUCGUUCACGAAUGAAGUAAAGUUUGGAGAUCAUUGCUCUCGUGUUCAUGAUCUUCUCUCGGUAAAACGUGCUGCGGUAUAACAUUUCAGAGCAGAACGACGCUAUGGAGGCACAAGAAAAAGCACGAUAAAGAAAAACGAACCUGCGAGAUGUGCGGCAAAGUCGUUUUCGGCGAAUAUUCAUUAAAAAACCACAUAUACAUCACGCACAAUUUCAAAACGCACGUUUGCGAAAUAUGCAACAAAUCUUUUCGCUGGUAUUCGAAGCUCAAAGAGCAUAUCAAAUUCCGACACUACAACGAACGUAAGCCGCAUAAGUGCGAGCUAUGUUUGAAAGAGUUUGAAAACAGAACUCAUCUAGCCGAACAUACUAGAGUGGUGCACGAAGGUUUUCGGUACACUUGUACCGUUUGCCGGAAGACUUUGAAAUCCAAGUCUCACUUUAGGGCACACGUUAAAACUCACGAUGAAAACUAUGUAGAAGAGCAGUACACGUGCAAGAUCUGCGACGCUGUUCUGAAGACGAUCCAAGGCUUCAACCACCACAUGCGAACUCAUGAAAACAAGACUCAAGGGAUCUGCGACAUUUGCGGAAAGGUGAUGAAUAAAAGCUUUUUAAAAAUGCACAUUAGGAUACAUACAGGAGAAAAGCCCUUCAAGUGCGGAAUUUGCGGUAAAGGUUUCUCUACAAAAAUGGCAUUGAAGACGCAUAACAGGAUACACACUAACGAAAAACCGUAUCAGUGUAACAUAUGCAACUCAAAAUUUACACAAAAAGGGACGUUAAACGUGCAUAUUAGGUACCACACCGGAGAAAGACCUUAUGCGUGCAGUCGCUGUAGCAAAAAGUUCGUCACCAAGACUGCGAUGAAAGGACAUCACUGUAAAGGCAGCUAGGUGAUAUUUUUUUGUUGUUU